GAUCGCACCCGUUAUCGUCUAAACUAACCUAUUUAGCCAUGGCGUGUGUGGCGUGCGGACCGGUAGAUUAAAAUCACGUAAAUCACUGAAAAAGUAACAGAAAAGUUCAUCAUUGAUGAAUAUACAUAUCCUUGAGCGUUUACGAGUUGCUAUCAUUGACCUACACAAGUAUACAUGGUCAUGAAACUGGAUCUUCCAAGAGCAUUUGACAAAGUGAACUUUGGAAAAUAUACGUUUUUACUAUAAGUGAUUGAUACGCAUGAGACUGUCAGCCCAGGAUGCAGUUUCCAAGAGGCUUUACCCUGUUGUGCCUUCUGCUGUUAUGGCGGUUGAUCUCCGUAUUCGUAGUGCAAACUGCUCACGUGCCGGACGAGUAUUGGCAAUCACUGGAAGUGGCUCAUCGCAUGGCGUUUGGUUACGGACACCUAACGUGGGAGUGGACGCUAAUGAUUCGUAGUUAUCUAUAUCCGUUUCUCAUAUCAAUUCUUUAUCGUAUACUCGCUGCACUCUCUUUGGACUCUGUGUAUCUUCUAAUAACGUUGCCGCGAGUAUUCCAAGCUAUUCUCGUCGCUUACUCGGAUUACAGACUUUAUCAGUGGAUCGGCUGCAAGUGGGCACUUGUGGUUCUGUGCACGAACUGGUACUGGUACUACUGUGCCACGAGAACGCUAAUAAACUCCGUGGAGACUGCCUGCACCAUUAUCGCGCUCUCGAUGUAUCCGUGGUUGGGCAAUGUUAAGAACAUUAAGUACCUGUGGAUCGUAGGUUUCCUCUGCAUGGCGAGGCCCACCGCUAUGAUUAUUUGGUGCAUCCCCUGCGCUCUUCACGUUUACUGGCUUAGAAAAGAACAGUUUCUCCUUAAAUAUGUUCUGAUAUGUUCAUCGUGCUUCUGGAUUUCUGUAUUGAUAGAUAGUUACUUCUAUGGAAAGCUUGUGAUAACGCUAUUGAGAUUCUACCAGGUCAAUGUGAUAGAAGAUGUCGCAAGCGCAUAUGGUAGGGAGAACAUCCUGUGGUACGUUACCACCGGUAUACCCGUGGUGCUUGGGCUAUAUUGCAUUCCAUUCGCGAUGAACGUGUGGCGCGUAUUUCGUUACAGCAGGGUCUUCAGGCUAGAGAAAUUUAUGUUUUGGAUCAUUCUAAUUGUCCUGAUGAUAUAUUCGCUUCAACCCCACAAGGAAUUUCGAUUCAUACUACCGCUCUUGCCAUUGUUCAUCUACGUAGGUUCCGCUUCUUGUUGUAACUUAAAUAUGAUGACGUCCCGUGCGUGUUGGUGCUUCGCGACGUUGCUGCUGUGCAGCAAUCUCCUGGCCGGAAUUUAUUUUUCCUCGAUUCAUCAACGUGGCACGUUAGACGUGAUGAAUUACCUGCGAGACGAAAUCUCUCACGCGAAUGCUUCAUCAACGGAUACGCUAAUUCUAACUCCGUGCCAUGCUACACCGCUCUACAGUCACUUGCAUGUAGAUGCGCCGAUAACAUUUUUGACCUGUGAGCCUAAUUUCACUUCCCACUUUGACACGAGGGGAAACGGGAGACUUGUUCAAAGUAAGUUCUUCGAAGAUCCGUUAGACUGGCUUUAUUAUUAUUUCGAUCAUUAUCAUUUCAAGAGACAUAAAUUACCGACUUAUGUGAUAGCGUUCGACAAUGUCGCGAAGAAGAUAACUCCUUUUAUUAGUAGAUUUAACUAUCGAGUAAUUGCCAAAGUAUUUCACACGCAUUUCCCGCAGACAAAUUACGGGGAAUAUAUCUUCUUGUUUAAGCAAAAUCCGAAAUCCAAAAUAGUACACUGAGAAAAAUGGCCUCUCUAAUCGGAUAAUCCAAUUAAAUAGUAACAAGCGGAUAUAUCCGAUUAAAUUGUAUAAAAGACAAAGAAAAUGAUCGG